CUCGCAAUAAAAUGUCUUCUCGGGAGUACCCUAAAGUGUGGAGUCGUUUCGAGCGUACUAUCCAAGGAGACAGAACAUUACAGUUUGAAAUAGAAGAUAUACCGGAGUCGAUGUGGAGUACCGCAGUGGAGUUCAUGCUCGGAAAUUAUAUUAGAGAAGAUGUCUGGUGGUCAACGGCGGGGACAGCACAGAACAUGGAUGCUGUUCAGGAGUAUCGCGUGUUGCUGACAUCGAUCAUUAAGCAGAAAGCGAGCGUCGCUUGCUUCCUCGCUGAAGGAGACGGCUCCGGGCGAACGCUUGUUGGCGUUAACAUGUGCUUGCCUCAGGAAAAAGGACGCUUCGUUGAUCACAAACCGCCAAAGACCAAGGCGGGUUUAUUGUCCCUCCGAAUGCUCGCCGAGGCAAUGAAAGUGACAGCAAUUUAUGACAAAUACGACGUGAAUGAAUAUCUCAUGGGAGCUGGGCUCUCAGUCACGCCUGAAUACAGAGGCCUUGGUAUCGCCGUCGAGUUACUUAGAGCAAGAAUAAAUCUAGCCAGGGAAUUACGGUUUCGUGUAACUGGUGGUAUCUUUACCGGCCAAAGAGCGCAGAACUCUGCAGAAAAAGCCGACAUGGAAUGCGUCUAUAAAAUAUCAUAUAAGGAUUUCGGUAAACGGUGCAAUAUCAAAUUUAAUACCGACACAAAGGAGUUGAAAUUCUAUGCCAUAAGAACAUAAGAUACAGUUUAUUUAUUUCGAACCUUAUUGAGAAUCAUCGAUCGACACUGUUUCUCGUUUUUUUCUCAAGAACUGUCACCGUCAAAAGUCAUAACACAGCGAUUAAAUAGCUUACUCAUUAAAAAAUAUUAAAUUAGAAUAAAAUAUUUAAAAUUUUUGCUUUUCCAAUGUUAUAGUUAAAUCUAAGUUAUAUGUUAUUUCAUAUAGACAACUAUUAGACAACAACAUUAUUAGAUAUAUUAAUAGACAACCCGUAAUUUCCAACUGUUGUAAAAUGGAAUUGAUCUCAGUAGUAAAAAUUUGUAAAUUUAUUCACCCAAACUAAGAAGUCUAUUAUUAUGGCGAUCCUGAGAUUAACGGAUGAGAUAGAAUCAAGUCCCCAUUUAUAUUGAAUGGUGGACACUAUUAAAAUUCGAGGUGUGUAAUAAAUUCGUAGUGCAAGUAUUAUAACUGCAAUUAAAUAUAUAAUAUGAAAUACUCAUCGUUUUGUUGCAUUACUCAAAUAA